AUGGGAGGUGGAGCUGCAACAUCUGGCCUCCCUUCCAGCCGCCAGCCCUCUUUGACCAAGCCGCUGAGAGGGAGGUCUCACCCCGGCGGCCGAGAUCCCGCUCUGGACCAGCCGUGGCUGCCAUCCAAGCCGUGGAGAGGAAGGUGGAACUCCUAUGCCACGCGGCUCCUCAACCUGGAAGGCCGGACAGCCACAGCCGAGAAGAAGAUCUUCGAGUGCGAGAAGACCGAGCUGGAGUUCAGCAACCAUGUGGCCGCCCUGGGGACCCUCAUCCAGGAGUACGGCCUGCUCCAGAGGAGGCUGGAGAACAUGGAGAACCUGCUCAAGAACCGAAACUUCUGGAUCCUGAGGCCCCUUGGGACCGAAGGAGAAAAUCCCAAG